AUGGACGCUGAGGAGUACGCCGCCCUCACCAAGGUGCUUCUGUCAUACCUCAAUUUUGGCAAAUGGCAAACGGAAACGGUGAUCACCCCGCGGCGACGCAAGUGGCAAUUGCUUUCGCCCGAAGACCGGCGUUUGCUCCCGUGGUUUGAACGGCACUUGGAAGAUAUCCGCGAAUGCAUCGCCAUCAACGAAAGCUUUACCAAGGACGUUGUUGAAGCCAUAGCCGCCGAAUGGGGUGUCAGCAGCCCGGAAGGAUGGGCAGUCGCUACCACCAACGAGUACGACAAAGUCCGCCUGAUACUUCUCCAGCUUGCGCGAGAAUGGCUGGAUCAAGGGGCAGAGGAAAGGAAAGUGGCUUUUGGCAUGAUACUUGAUCAAUUAGAGUCAUUGUACCCCGAUAUAUAUCUGCGUCAAGACGUCAAAGUGUUGGUUCCAGGAGCUGGUCUUGGUCGGUUGGUAUUUGAAUUAGUGUCGAGGGGCUUUUGGACGCAAGGUAAUGAAUUCAGCUACCAUAUGUUGUUGAUGCUGAAUUACUUAUUAAAUCAUUGUCCUUAUCCCCAUCUGGCUCUGAUAUUUCCAUUCAUUUCAAAAGGCUCGCAUGUGGGCAAGAGACUCAAUAUGGUGAGACCUGUGCUGAUCCCUGACGUCUCCCCUCUGGUAUUGAGUGAAUACUACCAGAAAUACGAAGGAAAGAUCCCUUUUGGCGAUCUUAUGAGUAUGACAGCAGGGCUGUUUACCGACUUAUAUGGUCCCCCUUCAUUGACGGGCUCUGAUGGUGAUGAAGUGGCUACAGAAUUUCGUGAACAAAACCAUCAAGCAUACGAUGUGGUGGUGACGUGUUUCUUUUUGGACACUGCUAGCAAUGUUAUCGACUACAUUCGCACAAUUAAGCAUUGCUUGAAGCCCGAUGGCAAAUGGAUUAAUUUCGGUCCAUUACUAUGGCAUUGGGAAGAUGUGCCGGAAUAUCUGGGUUUGGAAAUGCUGCGUGCUGAUCUCCUUGAAUUGUGCCAAGCGAUGGGGUUUGAAUUCGACGUACAUAAAAGUGACAUCGAAACGGUAUAUUCCACCGACCCGCGAGCGCUAGGUAAGUUUGUAUAUAAUUGUGAGUUCUGGGUGGCAUCAAUGAGAAAGGAGGCUUAA